AGUUGGAAAGCGAAUACACUCCGUCCGAUUUUAUUGUUUGGUUGGAGCAGCAGACCUCCACAAUCCAGCUCCACUUCUCGGAACAAACAACAACAAAACCCUAAACACCCCAACAACAACCUCUCCAGCCUGAUGCCGCCUGCGCUGUCCGAGACUCGAUCGGACCUGGAGAUGCAGGCGCCGGUGCGCUCGAGCUCCCUCAGAGACAAAGGCGAGGGCAGCAGCACGCACCACCACGACCAACUCGGACAAUCAACGCCGACAGCCCCGGACAUCCCCUCCGCCCCCGCCACGUUCACCAAAGCCCCGCCGCCGGCACCUGUCAGUGCCAUUGAUGAUACCAACCCGGAGGAACUCAGCCAACAGGGCGAGAUGGCUGACUCGACUCCGCCCAGUGGCAGCGACCCUGACAGGAACAACGAGAACGCCGUCAAUCCCGAUGCAUCUGUAGCAGUGCACCUCGCCUCCGACGACGAUGCGCCCAUCACCAUUGCAUUUGUCGAUGUCAGCUACACCGUCCAGGUUCCCGUCCGCAAGCUCACGUUCAAGGAGAAAAUCAAGGGAAUCACCUGCCGCGGACUCCCAAAGCCCGAGAUGCAGGACAAGGUGCUGCUGAAAAACGUCUCUGGCGUCAUUCGCCCAGGAACAUUGACGGCACUCAUGGGCCCAUCUGGCGCCGGCAAGUCGACAUUGUUGGAUGUCCUGGCAGGCCGCAAGACAUCCGGUGUGAUCCAAGGCGACCUGCUGUACAACAACAAGCCGAUGACCAAGGAGCUGCAUCGAAUUAUCGGCUAUGUCGAGCAAACAGACACCCUCCUUGGAGCUCUGACUGUGCGCGAGCUCCUCAUGUACACGGCUCGGCUUCGCCUGCCGUCCAGCACAACUCACGAGCAACGCACCGAUCGCGUCGACUAUGUCAUCAACGUUCUUGGGCUGCAGAGGUGUGCAGACUCUGUCAUUGGUAGCGCUACCAUUCGCGGCAUCUCUGGUGGCCAAGCAAAGCGAGUCAACAUUGGCAUUGAGCUCAUCACGGACUGUCGCGUGCUGUUUCUCGAUGAACCCACCACUGGUCUCGACUCGGCGACUUCGUACGAGGUGAUGAGUGCAGUGCGCAAAAUUGCCGAUCGUGGACGCAGCAUCAUCUGCACCAUCCACCAACCCAGCGAGGAUGUUUUCAACCUCUUUGAUCGCCUGCUGCUGCUCGUUAAGGGCGAGGUGGUGUAUCUGGGCUCGAUUCCAAACACUGUGCCCUACUUUGAAAAGCUCGGAUUCAAGUUUGUUCCGGGAUCCAACCCAGCAGACUACAUCAUUGCUGUCACGGGGCCUGGAACAGGACAGCACGCUAGAACUGUGGAAGGUCCCGAAGUGAGCGCCGGCUUUUUCGCCGACGAAUACCGCCGUUCCAACUUGGCCGAGCAACGCCUCAUUUCUGCUCGGCAGACUGCUGCAGCAUCUGCAGUGGACGCAAGCCAGAAAGAACACGAGCCUGUUCGCUUUGUCAACUCGGCGUGGCACAACUUUGUCGUGCUUCUCGAGCGGUUCUGGUGGGAAAAGUGUCGCGACAAGUACUAUCUUUCGGCGCGAUUUCUACGCAUCGUGUUUCUCAACAUUGUGCUUGGCACGUUGUUUUCCAACCAGCCGCAUACGUCAGCGGGUGUGUACAACAUGGUGUCCAUCCUCCAGUUUUCAGUUCAAGUGUUUGCAUUCGGUGCUUUGGCGUUUAUUGGAUUCUCACUGAUGAGUCGUCCGUUCUUCUUGCGCGAGAGACACGCCGCCACGUACCAAGUUUCGUCUUGGUAUUGGGCCAAUGUCAUCUCCGACAUGCCAUUCAACCUGUUGCAAGUACUGCUGUGGUCGGUCGUGCUAUACUGGUCGACGGGACUCAAAUCGACAGCAGGCGCCUUCUUUACGUUUGUGCUGUUCUUGCUGGUCUUGACGGAUGCAGCUCUGGCGAUGAGUCAGGCUAUCGCGGCGGGGUCGGCUGACUUUGAGAGCGCCAAUAUCGCCAUCUUCCCCAUCAUUUUGCUGUCGUUCUUGUUCUCGGGAUUUUACGUUCAAAAGCCGCUGAUUCCGGAUUACUUUAUCUGGGCCUAUGUUAUCUCCUUCCUGAACUAUGCGCUCAAUGGCUUGGCCAUUAACAACUUUCAAGGCCAAAACGACUACACCCAAACGUCCGAUUGCUACGCGUGUUUCGUUCCGACCACUCCCUGCCAAGAUAUUGUGGUGAAUCUGAAUGGCACUACCGUCUGCUGCGUCUCGUCCACGACUGUAUCCUAUCCAUUCCCGCCAGACGACAUUCUCUCUGCUUGGGGCUUUGGUCCAGAGUCUCUCAACGACAACUUGUGGAUUAAUUUUUUGGCCCUGUCCGUGUUUUGGAUUUUCUGGCGGAUCCUGGCCUACCUUGUGAUGCGGUUUAAGAUUUACGACAAGAGAUGAUUCCAGUGGCUUGAAUACUAUAGCAUGUCCCUGCUGCCGGAAGUGUGAACACUGCUUUGCCAUCCGAUGAAUAACUGAAUAAGCAUGAUGUUGUACAAAAAAACACUGCCACAUUGCGCACUCGCUGGCGCGCCA